CUUGUCAGGAAGCAAGCUGAUUGGCCGAGGCCUAGCAAAGAGUGCCCGGGGAUCCAAAAUUGCAGGCCGCACUUAGCUUACCGUCAAAAAUAAACCAAAACAAAAACAGACAAAUUUGAGAAGGGGGAGACACACCGUUAGAGUCAGAGGACGACGUUAUCAGGUAAUAAAUUCUCAAAUCGAUCACAGAGGCAUGUGGAAUAAGACGCACGGGCCCGUUCGAACGGAGUGGGCCUCUUUGAAAAACAACAUGGAAGAUAAUGCGGCACUAGGCGCGCCACUUAGCUUAGCAAGCUAGCUAGCCGAUUAAAAUGCCGUCGUCGAGUAAAUGACAGGGACAUCUUAACGAACAAUACCUCGUGGCAUGUUGAUUUGUAAUUUGUUCUCGUUGUGCCAUUAUUUUGUAUUUUUAAGUGUAUUAAAGCGUUAGGUGUUUUUUUUAAAUCGGGGUUAUCGAAUCUCUAAAAUUAGCUUUUAUGCUAAAACAAAAUGGCGAUUGGGAAGUCGAUCUUAGCUUCCUUGCUAGUUAGUUAGCUCCGGUGGGUGGAGGGCGGUUAGCCCCCGUAUUAUGCAUUGCAUAACUGCGGUGCUAUCAUUGGUGGCCAUAAACUCUGAGCAUGUCUAUUGUAGUGUUUGGAAAAUCGAGGUUAUUUUAUUUGUGAAAUAAUAAUAAUUGUGGCAACACAAGAUCCGUUUCAAACAUAAAGUCUACCUGUGAAAUACUUAAAAACGCCGYUGUGAUGGUCACAGAAAGCUGUCAAAUGUUGCUAAGUUUUUCAUUAUUUUUGAUUUACAGUUUACGAAAGUGCAUCCCUGUCUUUUAAACAAACAUGCUUCAAUUUUAAUAGACUCAAUUGCCGCUGCUUUCUAUUUCGUCCCUGAUACGAGGGACAGUCCUUUGUCUCAUCUGGGCUAUAACCAUCCAUCAGACUGAAGCAGGUAUACAGUAUGUGUUGCUGUAUGCAGGUUGAUGCUGCAUGUAAUACUUUUUAUAGGCUAUGGAUGGAGCCAGUGCUCAGCAAACCAGCUGCUCUUUCCUCAAAGAAUAAAGUGUGAUUUCUGUCUUGAUGGAAGGGGGCGUUUCAUUCAACCUGUUGGUUUUAUUUUUAAGGUCUAGUCUCUAAAUGUAAGUUUCAGGAUUUCUUUUUUUAACGAAAUAAAGAAAUGGAUCAAGGAGGAGGAGUGUUGGAGCUACACACUCAGGAGCUGAAGAUGCCCCAUGCUAUGAUCAUGCAAGAUUUUGUUGCAGGCAUGGGAGGUCUGGCUCACAUCGACGGGGAACACAUUGUGGUCUCUGUUCCUGAGGGUAUGCUCCUGUCUGACGUCAUGACAGAUGAGGGAAUCCUCCUAGAGCAUGGACUUGAGGUGGAAGGUCUUGAAACUCAAGUGGUUGAAGGACUGGAGACCGAAGUGGUGGGAGACUUGCAUGCAGAUGUCGAAGGCUUGGAGGCAGAAGUUGUUGAAGGCCUGCACACACAUGUGGUGGAGUUGGAAGCUCAGGUGGUUGAGGGUCUGGACGGUGAGGUUGAAGUCGAGGGUCUUGAAGCACAUGUGGUUGAGGGCCUGGAGACUGAAGUAGAUGUGGAGGGCCUGGAAGCUCAUGUUGUUGAAGGCCUGGAAGAAGAAGUGGAAGUCGAGGAUUUGGAAGCUGAGUGUGUUGAAGGGCUGGAGGUGGAUGUGGAAAGUUUGCAGUCUCAAGGGGUGGAGGCCCAUGAAAUAACCAGUGAAGACAUGGUCUCCUCAGGACACAGUGUGAUCAUGCCUGAGAAUAUUCUGGGAACAGAGGUUGCAAUAGAAGAGGCCUUGGACGCUCAUCAUCACCAUGUCCUAACAGCAGACCUUAUCCAGGACUCAAACCACCCUGAUGAUAUGGCAGACCAGGUGUUUGUGGCAGAACUACUGUCUGAGCACCAGGACAGCACACUGGACCACCAGCUUGUAUCAGAAGGUCUGAUGGUGACAGAGGCCAAUGCUGAGACCAUAAUCCAUCAACAGCUGCCAGCUGAGGCUGUUGCCCUGCAGACAGACGAGGAUGAUGAUGGAAGAAGCAGCUCCGAGGAUUACCUCAUGAUCUCCCUUGAUGAAGUGGGAGAGAAGUUAGACAUAGGAGACACUCCACUGGAAAUCAGCACUGAAGUGAUGGAGGACAAGGAAAUCAAAGAGGAAGAUGACUCAGAGGUCAUAAAAGUCUACAUUUUUAAAGCUGAAGCAGAUGAUGAUUUAGGUGGAACAGAGGUAAUAACAGAGGAUGAUUACCAAAAUGGCCAUCCUGAUCUGGAAGCUGCAUCAUCAGGCAGACUGGGAGUUGGUCGUGACAAGAUGGUCUACAUGGCAGUCAAGCACCCUCCAAAGGAAGAAGAUGAGGAUGAUGAAAGUGAUGAUGAUGAUGAUGAUGACGACAGCGAUGAUGACAUCAGUGCUACCAUUGAGCAAGUGAAGAAUGGAGUUGCUACACCUUUUCUGCAAAUUCGUGAGGGAUUGGGCCAAAAUCGUGUACUCAAACCAAAGGCUAAGAAGAAGAAGAAAGGAGACACACGACAGUGUCAUACUGCUGUCAUCAUUGGACCAGAUGGAAUGCCUUUAACCGUCUACCCUUGCCACAUCUGUGGAAAGAAGUUUCGCUCACGUGGCUUUCUCAAAUGCCACAUGAAAAACCACCCAGACCAUCUGCUCAAAAAGAAGUACCAGUGUACAGACUGUGACUUUACCACCAACAAGAAGAUCAGCUUCCACAAUCAUUUGGAGAGUCACAAGCUCCUGAGCCAUAACAGCGAGCGAUCUCCAGAAUAUACGGAGUAUGCCCGACGCUACCACGAGUCCAGCCCCCUGGGCUCAGACAAGCUAAUCGUCAAGGACCGAGAGCCCAAGCUGCAUCACUGCAAAUACUGCGAUUACGAAACGGCCGAACAAGGUCUGCUCAAUCGUCACCUGUUAGCAGUGCACAGUAAGAACUUUGCACACGUGUGCGUUGAGUGCGCCAAAGGGUUCCGUCAUCCGUCGGAGCUGAAGAAACACAUGCGGACCCACACGGGUGAGAAGCCCUACCACUGUCCGCACUGCGAGUUCCGUUGUGCGGACCAGUCGAACCUAAAGACUCACAUCAAAAGCAAGCACGGCGCCGAUCUGCCUUUCAAGUGCCACCACUGUCCCCAAGCUUACGCUGAUGCUCGCGAACUCCAACGUCAUAUAGAGAUGGUGCAGGGCCACAAGACCCACCAGUGUCCACACUGUGAGCACAAGAGCACCAACUCCAGUGACCUUAAACGACACAUUAUCUCCGUUCACACCAAGGACUUCCCCCAUCAGUGUGACGUGUGUGAGAAAGGCUUCCACCGGCCCUCAGAAUUGAAGAAACACGCAGAGACGCACAAAGGCAACAAGGUGCACCAAUGUCGGCAUUGUAACUUCAACGCUCCCGAUACUUUUACCCUAAGUCGCCAUAUUCUGUCCCUGCAUACAAAGGACCUUCCCUUUAAGUGCAAGCGCUGCCGACGAAGCUUCCGGCAGCCGGCUGAGCUGAAGAAGCACAUGAAGACACACAGCGGUAGGAAGGUUUAUCAGUGCCAGUAUUGCGAGUAUAAUAGUACGGACGCCUCUGGCUUCAAACGCCACGUCAUCUCAAUUCAUACCAAGGACUACCCCCAUCGUUGCGACUACUGCACCAAGGGUUUUAGGAGGCCUUCAGAGAAGAGCCAGCACAUAGCCAGGCACCACAAAGACAUGUUGAUGUAAUGUCACCCCACACACAAACACUCCUUUCUCAAGUAAAUCUGUGUCACACACCYAGAGGUAAUUUUAGUGUAUAAACAAAAAUACUGACUGAUGCAGGCUGUUGAUGAAGAUAUUAUAAUUGUUGUUCUGUGUUGUAUUGGUUUAAACCUCCUCCAUCCCGAGGUAACACAAGAAAACAUUUAGAUUGAGUAAAGUUUGAAAAAAACAACAA